GGCUCGCUGUAGUUGCGAAGGGAGAGGGUUUGUGCUCAACGCCGCCAGAGCUGGGGGCGCAAGAGCGCAGUGACAAGCCAUCUGUAAGCCACAGGAAGGAGGAAAACCACCUUCGUCUCUUUUAUUUUACCUUUAGUUAUUUUACAAUGCAUAAUAAACUGAGAGCAGGCUCUAAAUGAAACAAUAAAACCGAAUUUAAAGUUUAAAUCAAUGGUACAGGAGGGAAUAAUGUCCAGGACGCCUUCCACCUCAACCCAGGAAAUCCAAAUGGACAUGUUUGACCACCACGGCUCUCACGCUCAGGGCAAGUAUGCAAAGAGGAAGAGCCGUUUCAAACGUUCAGAUGGCAGCACCUCCUCAGACACAACCUCUAACAGCUUCGUCCGACAGGGCUCAGCAGACUCCUACACCAGUCGUCCUUCAGACUCUGACGUGUCUCUGGAGGAGGACCCUGAGGCUCUCAGGAAAGAAGCCGAUAGACAAGCUCUCGCCACCCUAGAGAAGGCUAAGACCAAGCCUGUAGCGUUUGCUGUGAGGACUAACGUUGGCUAUAACCCAGGCCCUAAUGAUGAUGUGCCGGUUCAGGGCAUGGCUAUCUCUUUCGAAACCAAAGACUUCCUGCACAUCAAAGAGAAGUAUAAUAAUGACUGGUGGAUUGGGCGUUUGGUGAAGGAAGGGUGUGAGGUGGGGUUUAUCCCCAGUCCAGUGAAGCUUGAGAGCACCCGUCAAUUACAAGAACAGAGACUGAGACAGAACCGCCUUAGCUCCAGUAAGUCGGGUGGAAGCUCUAGUCUGGAUGUUGCCACUGGUGCCCGGAGGCCCACUCCACCUGGAACAGCUGACUUGUCCUCUGGGCUUUAUGACGAUUCGGAUUCAGAAGUUGAGGAGGUGGAGCCUGCCAACACCCGAGACCAAAAGGGUGUGGGCGGAAGUGUCACCUCCCCUCAAGGCAACCUACCCCGCCUCCCUUUCUUUAAGAAGAUGGAACAUAUUCCUCCUUAUGAUGUGGUGCCUUCCAUGAGACCCAUUAUUUUGGUGGGACCAUCCCUUAAAGGCUACGAGGUGACAGAUAUGAUGCAGAAAGCUCUCUUUGAUUUUCUAAAACACAAAUUCGAAGGCAGAAUAUCCAUCACCAGGGUGACAGCAGACAUCUCACUUGCCAAACGUUCCGUCCUAAACAACCCCAGCAAACACACCAUCAUCGAGCGCUCCAGCACCAGAUCCAGUCUGGCUGAGGUACAGAGUGAAAUCGAGAGAAUCUUUGAGCUGGCCCGGACGCUCCAGUUAGUGGCUCUGGAUGCCGACACAAUCAACCAUCCAUCUCAGUUGGCCAAGACAUCACUGGCACCUAUCAUAGUCUACAUCAAGAUUGCCUCUCCAAAGGUGUUGCAGAGGCUGAUAAAGUCCAGGGGUAAAUCUCAGGCCAAACAUCUCAAUGUCCAAAUGGUGGCAGCUGAUAAACUUGCGCAGUGUCCUCCUGUGAGACCCGAACCCGUCUCCAACCUGCAGGGGCCAUUCCUGGUGCAUGGAGAACAGAAGAGGGAAGGGCCUGAACGUGGCAGUCUCCAAGAUUACCAGAGCGACCUGAGUGGCAAGCAGCCACUGCGCUCUUCACGCAGCCAGUUGCAAACCGGCGGCCGAGGUCUGUCGCGGCAGGAUACGUUCGAUUCCGAGACGCAGGGCAGCCGCGAUUCCGCCUACACUGAUGACAUGGAGACCGACCCGUAUGAGGAGCCGGACCCUUGUCGCUCGUACCGUCUGAACCCCGCCCACCACGCUCCUCGCCAGGCCUCCUGGGAGGACGAAGGGGCGGAGCCUGACCAGGAGAACCUCAACAUGGUCCCACCACCAGCCAAUCAGCACCAGCGUGGACGAGGCAAGCUGAGGGAACGCUACUCUCAAGACGCAGAAGGCGGCGGAGCGACGACGGGCCGCAACCAUAACCAGGAGGAGUGGAGCAGAGAUGUGUACAUUCGCUAGAGCAGGUUUACCUGAGACGAGGGUGAGGAGUUGUUUAGAGUGACACUAAAUAAAAUCUCUAUAGUUGGAUCUGUUUGCAACCCAGAGAAACACACAGUCAUUGACUAACGCUGUACAGCUAACACUCACGACAUUCGCAUUACGCUAACAAAGCUCUCGUCAUUACAUAUUUGAGGGUGACCACAUGUCCUAUUUUUCUCGGAAAGGCUUUCUUCUUGGCCAGGAUUUCUUUUUUUUUAAGUUAUAUUUAUGGGAUUUUUAUGCCUUUAUUGUGA